UUUGAAUCAUAAGUGAUAACAAACUUUUGAUUUGUGACAUUUGAAAUGGAUUGUGAGAAUAAGUUAUGGCUGGUAGCUCUAUUUUUGUUUUCCAGUGCAAUGCAUUGUGUUGUUGGAGUACCCCAAGUACCUUGUCUUUUCAUUUUUGGAGAUUCUUUAUCAGAUAAUGGAAAUAACCUUAACCUUAAUACCGAUGCUAAAGUUAAUUACAAACCUUAUGGGAUUGAUUUUCCUUCUGGCCCUACUGGAAGAUUUACCAAUGGAAAAACUUCUGUUGACAUACUCACUGAUAUUUUGGGAUUUGACCAUUAUAUUCCUGCCCAUGCAAAUAUCAAUGGUACAAACUUUGUUGAAGGUGUUAAUUAUGCAUCCGGUGCAGCAGGAAUUCGCAACGAGACCGGAACACACUUGGGUAUAGAUAUCAGCAUGGGAAUGCAGUUAGAACAUCACAAAGAUAUUGUUUCUCAGAUUUCUAAGAAACUCGGGAAAGACAAAGUGCAACAGCACCUCAAUAAGUGCUUAUAUUAUGUGAAUAUAGGAAGCAAUGAUUACCUUAACAACUACUUUCUGCCAAAACAGUAUCCAUCUAAUGGAAAGUAUAAUGCUGACCAAUAUGCUGCAGCUCUUGUCCAAGAACAUUCAACUUAUUUAAAGGCUUUGUAUGAUCUUGGAGCAAGAAAGUUUUCUUUGAUUGGAUUAGGGCUUAUAGGUUGUGUUCCACAUGAAAUAAAUAGACAUGGGAAAAAUGGUUCUGAGUGUGUUGAAGAAGAGAGUAAAGCAGCACUACUUUUCAAUGACAAACUUAAGGCCCUUGUUGACCGUUACAAUAAGGAAUUACCUAAUGCAAAAUUCAUCUUCAUUAACACCGGUAUCAUGAAAGGCGAUAGCAUGAAGUUAGAUAAGGCGAAUUUGACAUGUUGCAAAGUGGGAUCCAAUGGGCAGUGUAUUCCUAAUCAGGAGCCAUGCAAGGACAGAAACACUCGUCCAUUUUUUGAUGAAUUUCAUCCAACUGAGAUGGUCAACAAAGCCAGUGCAUAUAUGGCUUAUAAUUCUCCUCUUCCUGCCUUUGCAUACCCAAUGGAUAUUAGUCAUCUUGUUAAGUUGUAACAGAUGAAAUUUUCUUGUCCUAUUUUAUUUAUUGAAUUAUUCGAUUAAAGAAAAUUCUAACAAUUUUCAUUGGAAAUGUUGUGGUGAUAUAGCCCUUCCAUUUCCAUAUAGUGAAAGGAUCCAAUAUCCUUUGAAUGAUUUGAAGUUUUAGGGAAAAUGUAUGUGGUGUUCAAACUACUUGUAUGGGUUAUGUUACCACAACAUGGAAAGUAGAAUAAGAUUGACAAAUAUGUCAACUAAUGUGUAAUCUCCAUAUUUAAGUGUCUUAGUACACAUGCUAAAUAGAUCUUAGAAGCUUUCAUAUUAGAUACAUGGCAAAUUAAGUUCAUGAAAGUCUAUAAAGGCACUACAUAGUAUUGAAGGGAAGUACUUAAAUAAAUUCCCUACAUGAAGUUUUGCUUCUUAUUUUUCUUUAUGCAUAUGUUAUCAUAAGAUUUCCAAAU